UAUAGUGACGGGUGCAUCAUUUGUUGUUAUCGAUGGAGCUUUAAAAGGCGGCGAAGAAACGUUCACAGUCAGCGUUUUAGAAGGCAGUUAUGAAUAUGGGUUGAAAAAAUCAAGAAUUCUCGGUUCGUUGUACUCAAUACCGUGUAACACCGAAUGGUCUCUCAGACUGGUUGCCGUGUAUAAUAUUGCAAAAGGCCGAUUCGCUUACCUUGUUCAGUCGAAGGUGGAUUUGUUCUUGCGCAUCCGUGUUAGUCUUGAUGACGCUGAAUAUCAAGCAUCAUCAUGGCCAGAUAUGGCACAAGAAUAUGCUACAUGGAUAGAUUUACUCGACAACCAGGUUUUGCUUCCCUUCAGUUUUCAGUUUCGUGCUGCGGUAUGUGCUGGUCGAAAUUCGUAA